UAACAUUAAUAAUAAUCUCUAACUAUAUUUCCCCCGAACAUUCUCUUGUAUAUAUAACACUUACAUCUUCUUGGAUCCUCUCCUAAACAUACCUCCUUUCUAUUGUUCUCUCUAAAGAGUAAGUCUCCGAUCUUUCUUCUCGUCAUGGGAAACUAUGCUUCUUCGGCUCUAAGCAAAACCUCGUCCUCUUCAUCGGCGGCGAGAGUGAUUCUCCCGGACGGUGAAGUCCGUCACAUUCACGAACCAACUAAAGCCGCAGAGCUUAUGAUGGAGAUUCCCAGCUUCUUCCUCGUCGACGCCAAGUCGUUAAAAAUAGGACGUAAGCUUCACCCGUUAGCCGCCGAUGACGAUCUUGAACUCAAAGGCUGUCACGUCUACGUAACUUUCCCCAUGACGCGUGCCACGUCAGCAGCUAACGCUUCGGACAUGACUAGGUUAUUCCUAGCCGCCAAGAAACAGCAACGCCGCCGAGUUGGUAACAAAUCUUCCCGUGACGGAACAGCCGUGAAGCAUUGUCACAACGGAAGGGUGUCGCCGGACGGAGAAGUGGGGGACGUUGGGGUGAUAACGGCGGUAUCGAAGCUGAGUUUAGAAGAUAUCGAAGAGUUUUCGGCGGCGGAGUUUAUGCAUAGGAUCUCUAUUUCGAAAUCCAAGAAGCCAAAGUUAGAAACUAUAGAUGAAGAAUCUUUGUGUUAACGUACACAAAAUCAAACAAAAAUGGAAAUUUGAUUUUUUUGUUUUCCAACGUUAUUUUUCUUUUAUGUACCAUUUUUUGUUCAUCUAUCAUCCUCUCCGCGCAAGUGGUUUUUCUCUUUUGUGGUAUUAAUGAUGAACAUAAAGAGACAUUAGUCGAGAAUGAACAUGUGGAUUUUUAAUU